CUAGUCACAACCACACCUCACCCGAAACUUCCAACCCAGCCUCUCCUGCUCUCUUCCAACGCUCAUCCUUCCUAUCACCAUGAUAGACGCAAUUUGAUGUAAAACCCCACUCCUUGAGCAGAGAAACCCACCUCCAUCAUGACCAUCACAGCCACCUCCCGCAUUUUGACAGAACGUCGCCUCCCAACGCCGCCAGUUGAUGGGCGACCUCAGUCUCAGCCGCGUAUCUACCCUGCAGCAGAUUUCCCCUUCAAGGGUUGGCAACCACCUCAACCCGACGGAUACCAAAAGAGCGCGGCAGCACCUCUUGAGAACGCAAUCGUCAUCGAUAAUGGCGCGAGCACGAUAAAGGCAGGUUUCUGCUUCGACAAGUCUCCCCGAUUCCUCAUUCCUCCUGUUGUCGCAAAAUACAAAGAUCGAAAAUAUAGCAAAUACUGUUCUUUUGUCGGCCACGAUGCCUACGCCGAUGCCACGACUCGCGGCCAGAUCCGCCAGGCUUUCGAGCAACACACCAGCAUCCCAACCAAUUGGGAUAUCAUGGAGGGCAUAUAUGACUACAUUUUCCUCAAACUUGGCGUGGACCAAGAAGGCAGCAUUGGUAGACCACUGGUCAUUACCGAACCCGUUACGAACCUUGCCCACAGUCGGCGCAUGAUGAACGAGAUGCUUUUUGAGUGUUAUGGCGCGCCGAGCGUCACCUACGGCAUCGACAGUCUAUUCUCGUAUCGAUAUAACAAAGGUCAAUCAGGCUUGAUUGUCUCUUCAUCACAUACCUCGACCCAUAUCAUUCCCGUGCUCAACCAAAAGCCUCAGAUGCAAUCGUGUGCUAGGCUGAACUGGGGUGGUUCUCAAGCCCAAGAAUUUCUUCUCAAGCUGAUCCGCCUCAAGUAUCCAACCUUCCCAGGGAAGUUGACACUUGAACAGAUGGAAUCAUACAUUCGGCAGUACUGCUAUCUAUCAAACGACUACGUGCCUGAACUCUCGGGGUAUCUGGAUUGGUCUGGCCUCGAAGAGGAAAGAGACAUCAUCAUCCAAUAUCCAUUCACCGAACAAGUUGUGGUAGAAAAGUCGGCCGAAGAACUCGCCCGGAUCGCAGAACGCAAGAAAGAGUCGGGCCGCCGAUUGCAGGAACAAGCUGCCAAGAUGCGACUCGAGAAGCUGAUGAAAAAGGAACAAGACCUCGAAUAUUACCAACAAGUCCACACUUCUUACCAGGAGGCGACCACCAAAAAGGAACAGCGGCGACUACUCGAUGAAGCGGAGUUCAAAGAUGAAGCCGCCCUGGAACGAGUCAUUCGAGACCUUGAAAAAUCCAUCCGAAAAUCAAGAAAUAAGGAUCUCGGUACUGUGGAAGAAGAGGAAACUCUCGAAGACCAGCUAAAUAAGUUUCCCCUGCUGGAUGUCCCAGAUGAUCAGCUUGACGAAGAUGGCAUCAAAGAGAAGCGACACCAACGAUUGAUGAAAUCUGGUGUCGAAGCGCGGAUUCGAGCAAAGGCAGAGAAGGAACUCGAAAGAGCUCGAGAAGCAGAGCGGCAGAGACUAGACGUUGAGCAGCGCGAGACCAAGUUCGAUCAGUGGAUUGCCGGACGAAGAGACCAGCGUGAGGCGCUCUUGGCUAAGAUCAAGGAGCAAGCACGGCAGAAGGCCGAUUCAGGAAACCGCAAAGGCAUGGCAUCGCAGAUGAGAAUGAAAACCUUGGCCAACCUCGCUGCCGACGGACCCAAGCGGAAAAGAAGAGGGGGCGGUGAAUAUGAUGACGACUUUGGCGCCAACGAUGACGAUUGGGGAGUCUAUCGCACUGUGGCUACGGAUCCUGCCAGUGACGAUGAGGAACCGGAAGAAGAUCCGAUGGAUGCACUGAAAGCCGUCGAGAGUGAACUUCUCCAGUAUGACCCACUCUUUGAAGAGAAGGACACAAUUGAGGCACAAAACGACUGGACCAAAAGCGUUCUCCAUGCAUUCCUGCGAGGAGCCCGACCGGCCGACGCUGAAAGCCAACGCGAAGCGAAUCAGAUCCACCUCAACGUAGAACGAAUUCGAGUUCCCGAGGUGGUCUUUCAACCUGCUAUCGCUGGUGUUGACCAAGCGGGACUUGUGGAGAUCAUCGAGGGCAUUGUCAUGAGCCGGUUUUCGGACACCGACCAGCAGAAGGCGUUGCUUCAGGAUGUAUUCCUAACUGGGGGAAACACAAUGUUCUCAUCAUUCGAGGAUCGCCUCAAGAGAGAACUGGCUGCAACCACUCCAUCAGAAUUUGACGUCAAGGUACGCAAAGCGAGCAACCCGAUCCUGGACGCAUGGAAAGGGGCUGCGUCGUGGUGGAGUAAUGGCGACGCAACAGAGCGCGAGGCUGCCAGCAUCACACGCGCCGAGUACCAAGAAAAGGGGAGCGAGUACCUCAAGGAGCACGAUCUUGGCAACUGCUUGUCAUACAUUUGACGCGGGUCGUGAGUCGGGUCGUGAGUCGUGAACAAGAUCUGGACCAAUUGCGAGCCAUUGAACCUGAACCUGCUUGGUUGGGCAAGAGCGUCACAAAUCUCACGGUCCCAGAGUAUGAAGCACCACGAUGACUGGCGUAUCCGGAUAUAUGGCGCGAAAUGAAGUGUGGAGGUCUCCCCACACAGUUGUGUCAGCAAAUGGAGAUCUGACCUCCAAAUCAUUCCUGGGGUGGGCAAAACCCCCGGGUCACGGUGAAGUUUCUAUACACAGGCAGUGGGUCUGUGUUCGACACGGCAACACGACCAGGCAGAGUAAGGCAGAUGCCACAAGCUCAUCGUAUUGUAUGAUCUCUACAUUCAAGGUGGAUACGGUGCGGUGAGCAAGAGCUUGAAGCUUGCGACGAGGUCAGGCCCCGGCGCAGCGCAAACGGCAAGGCGUACGAGAUCUCACGACGAUAUGACGACUUCUGAUGCUCAUAUGACGCUGACCAAGUGAGUGUGUCGGUGCGCCAUUCACUGCUCGAUGGGCGUGUGGAGGGAAGUGUCUGAUGUUGUUGACAAAUCAGCGGCCAGGGUACGCGAUCAAGCAAAGUACGUAUAAGGUAGUCAGAUGCAAAACGACAGGCGAGAGAGGUGGGGAAAGUUUGAGAAGGAUGAAUGGAUGGAUGAUCAACUAGUGAAAAUCCUGCUUCGGGUUACGGCAUACGAAGGUAUCGAGCCUGGCUGACCGAUGGCUCUCGGGUAUUGGCGUGGGAUGAGAUAGCGAGCUGGUGGUGGGCCUCGGGCUCGUUACAGAAGGACCAUUAUCGCCUGCAAAUGGCAGGUUUCUGCUCAGGUUGGCCAAUGCAAUCCUGUUGAUCCUAUCCGGUCGGCCUUCCUACUUUGUAUAAGUUCCUG